GGUAUUUUGAGCGUGCUCACACCUCCUCUGUGUUGCUACCUUCUGUGCACUUCUCGACCACCAACCAGUCUACCCAGCUCUACACUUUCACGAUGGAGAACAACAAGAGAAGCAUGCAGCCACGCCAUCUUUUGCCUGCAACACCCCCCUUCUCACCAAACACCUUCCAACCCUCUCUUGGACCCGUCAACAACCAGUUCGUCAAUGGCCAGUUCAUGGGCACUAUGAACGGGGGCAACCCUGGCACGAACAACUUCAUGGCUCAGCCCAUGCCGAGGACCAACGCCGUGCGGCCAAUGCCAGCCAGUGUCGUCAACUAUAGCUCGCAGUCCGGCACCAUGCCCACACCAGCCAACCAGAACAGUACCAUCUACACGUUCGCCAACGCCAAUAUGAACCAUACCUAUGGGGGCUAUCGAAGCGCCAAUGUCUACCAGCAGCUCACCAAUCUUCAGCAGGAGAACGCUCACCUUCAAGAACGUCUUGAAUUGGUGACCCAGGAGAACAUGAAUCUCAGAGCAAACCACCAAGGCCUCCUCCGCCGUGCCUCCGCAAUAACAGCACACUAUCGCAUGCUGCGAGGUACUUUGGACUUCGAAAUCCAACCAGAUGGCCGCCUGCGUCCCCUCGUGCCAGGUACAAUCCCACGACAAACCGCCGUCGUCGAGCCUGGUGUACCAGUCCCGGAAGCGCAAGCACAACACGAAGCCCGGGUAACGGCAUGGGCUGGCAGUAUCGUACCAAAUGAUCCCUACGUGUUACUACCAAACAACGGAAACACAGUUCGGCCACUAACGGCCCCGGUGCUUAGACGACCUGAGCAUGUGGAUCUUACGGAUGACGACGACGGCUCGACUACAGCCCCAGGCUCAACAAACCUCCAACAGCAUGAGGCCUAUACAGUGGUUACCGCGGCUCAAGCUCCAACCCCAGCAUACGCUCCACAACCUGCGGUCCCUGAUGCUGCUUUUGCACCGCCCGUCCCAUGCACCGUGGCUACUGCUCUUGCUCUGGGACAUCCAAUUGCACGAGCUACUUCAACCCCUGGGCCAGCCCAGCAGUCCAAUCCUGGUCAACAAAUUGCUGGUCAGCGUCGUCAUCGGGAGUCAGAAUCCGAUUCUGCUUCAGUUCCGACUCCAGUGGCGCCUGUCCCCGUGGUCUCCGCCAACCCGGAGCCGUCCCCACCCGUGUCGAACGAUGGCGACAGCAUGGCACCAUCAGCCAAACGGGCCAAGAAAACUAAGUUUUACCACUGGAUGAACCCAACGGAGAACGAAGCGAUAAACCAGCAUCUGGGUUAUAUCAACCCGACUGAGGAGCAGCUACAGAGGCAUGCGGAGCAAAAGCAGGCCGAAGCCAACAAGCUAAUGGAGAUAGAGAAAGCAAAGAAUGAGGAGGAGGCGGCAAAAAAGAAGGAGGCAGAAGAGCUAAGGAAGAAAGAGACAGCGAGAAGGAGACAGGAAACAGCAAGAAAGAGGCGGGAGAUGGUUGCGAGAAGAAAAGAAGAAGCAGCUAAGCGGAAGGAGCGAGAAGAGGAGACUCCGGAAGAAGCUGACGAGGAUGAUGCAAUUUGGGCUGUAGCUUGGGGUGAAGCUUUUCAAAAGCUUGACGAAGAGAAACAGCUGAAGACGGCGGCUACCGUGGUAGAAGAGGACCAGGAUGUAGAGGCGGAUGAUGACGAGGAAGAGGCUGGGGCGACUCGGGAGAAUGUGCUUUUGAACGUCGGUGACGCGACGGUGAACACAAGAGACAAAGAUGGCAAGGCGGACGAGGAUGAUUACGAAUCGGACGACUCUCUGUUCAAUUGA